GAGAAUAAAAACAGACCAAAACCAAAGAGACAGCUCAAAACUACCCUCUUCAACUUCUCUCUUUUUUCUUUUUUUUCUUUUUCUUUUUCUCUUGCUCCUUCAUUUAUCAUUUUCUUUUUCUUUUUCUUUUUUUUUUCUCUUUGUCUCCACAUUUUUGUAUAUUAGCUUCUUCUUUUUUUCUGCUUUUGUUUUAGAAGCACAAAGUUGUUAUUUUUGGCAAUAAGGAGGGAAGGGAGCUUCGCUUCCUUUGAGGCAUUUGGUAUCAAUCCCGGUUUGUUUCUACAGUGCUUGUAUAUGUGAGUUUGAUAGGUUGAGAUCUGAACUGGGUUUGCUUAAGUUUUCCUUUUUCGGUGUCUGAAAUAGACUGGGGUUUCAGCUAGUGUGACUGACAUACCAGCUCUGCUAUCUUCAUUGUUUUUGCGUACCCAAGAAGCAAAAACACAGAAGGAAAAAAAUAAAAAAGAUAUUCGUGCUCUUUUUUCCCAAGAAGAUUCUUUCAAAUCUAUGCAGAUCUACCGGGUUCUUCUUAGAAUAUGAAUACAAUAAUUUAAUAGUCUCUCUCUUUUUUUUUUUUUUUUUUGUUCGCCCAUUAGCCACCCUUUGCUUUGUCUUCUCUGUUUUUGCUCUGUUUUCUUUUUUCACGAAAGAAAUACAGAGAAAAAAAAUCCAUAAAAUGGAGCGUCUGACCAAAACGGCUAUACUUCCGGAUACAUUUCAAGGUGCAAGAGAUGACAUUUCAAUGCAAAUUGGAUUGAUUUGGGGUCAGAUCAAAGCGCCAUUGAUCGUUCCUCUGCUACAAGUUGCAGUUCUUCUAUGCUUGGUCAUGUCGUUGAUGCUAUUCAUAGAGCGGGUUUAUAUGGGCAUGGUCAUUGUUCUACUAAAGCUUUUUGGCCGAAAACCAGAGAAAAGGUACAAAUGGGAGGCGAUGAAAGACGACGUUGAGUUGGGAAACUCAGCUUAUCCCAUGGUUCUGGUGCAAAUCCCAAUGUACAAUGAAAGAGAGGUUUAUCAGCUUUCAAUUGGAGCCGCAUGUGGGCUUUCGUGGCCUUCCGAUAGAAUUAUUAUACAAGUCCUUGACGAUUCAACUGACCCAACGAUCAAGGACCUGGUGGAGUUAGAAUGCCAAAGAUGGGCCAGCAAAGGUAUAAACAUCAAGUAUGAAAUAAGAGACAACAGAAAUGGUUACAAAGCAGGGGCUCUCAAAGAGGGCAUGAAACGCAGCUACGUGAAGCACUGCGACUAUGUAGCAAUUUUCGACGCUGAUUUUCAACCCGAACCAGAUUUUCUCUGGCGAACCAUUCCUUUCCUCGUCCACAACCCUGAACUUGCUCUUGUUCAAGCCCGAUGGAAAUUCGUGAACUCCGAUGAGUGCUUGAUGACAAGAAUGCAAGAAAUGUCACUGGACUAUCAUUUCACUGUGGAACAAGAAGUGGGCUCCUCCACCUAUGCUUUUUUUGGAUUCAAUGGGACAGCUGGUGUAUGGAGAAUUGCUGCACUUAAUGAGGCAGGUGGAUGGAAGGACAGAACCACUGUGGAGGAUAUGGAUUUGGCCGUUCGAGCUAGUCUUAAAGGGUGGAAAUUUGUCUACCUUGGUUCUCUUCAGGUGAAGAAUGAAUUGCCUAGCACUUUCAAGGCCUAUAGGUACCAACAGCACAGGUGGUCCUGUGGUCCUGCUAAUCUUUUUAGAAAGAUGGUUAUGGAGAUUGUAAGAAACAAGAAAGUAACAUUGUGGAAGAAGCUCCAUGUGAUUUACAGCUUCUUCUUUGUAAGAAAAGUCAUAGCACAUAUCAACACGUUUAUCUUUUACUGCAUUGUUUUACCAGCAACUGUUGUGGUUCCUGAAGUUGUGGUUCCAAAGUGGGGAGCUGUAUAUAUUCCUUCUAUCAUUACCCUUCUCAAUGCUGUUGGAACUCCAAGAUCACUCCACUUAAUGGUUUUCUGGAUUCUCUUCGAGAAUGUCAUGUCAUUACACCGUACAAAGGCUACGAUCAUUGGUCUGUUAGAGGCCAGUCGAGUGAAUGAAUGGAUUGUCACUGAGAAAUUAGGAGAAGCUCUCAAGGGCAAAGCAGCCAGUAAAACACCCAAGAAACCUCGAUUCAGGAUAGGAGAAAGGCUUCAUUUACUAGAGAUUGGAGUUGGGGCUUACCUCUUCUUCUGUGGUUGUUACGAUAUUUUCUUCGGGAAAAACCACUUUUUCAUAUUCCUUUACAUGCAAGCAAUAGCCUUUUUCAUAAUGGGGUUCGGAUAUGUUGGCACAUUUGUUCCCAAUUCUUAGUGGGACUCAAGAAAGAACUUAAUUAAGCUCUUUUAGACAUCAUUAAGAGUGAUGUGCCUGCAUCAGCCUCUCUUCUGCAGCAACAUAAUAUGUACUUUUCAUUGCGGUUGUCUUUGACGUAUAGCUUGUUAAAACGAGAAAAAAAAAAAAAAGAAAAAAAGAAUGGUCAUUCUUUUCGUGUUGAGCAUAAGAUUUCGAGUUAGUUACUCGAAUUACAGUUACUUCUCCUGUGAAUAUUCAAGAAUUAAGAUACAGAAGAUUGUUGUAUGGAAAUGCAGCAGAAUGUAGAAAAGGAGCAAGUCGAAAGCAGGUUUUGGGUAUUAAUGGAUUGAUUUGAUUGUACUUGUGAAAUUUUGUAGAUUUUCUUGGAAAAUUUGGUUGUAAUUGUUUGAAAAGUUGAAUAAAGUGUUAAAAGUGGGAUAGAGUUGACAGUAA